CGUGGUUACACACGGAAAGCCCGUGCGAGAUGGCGGUCAGGACACAGACAGUCUAGAAUUUGUUCCCAAUCGCACAGUUUGUCGCCUUUCUUCCUGAUCGAUCUCCUUCUUUGGGCCCGAGCGAUGGAGGGGGGCAAACCCAGCCUGUCGCUGGUCUACCAGGCUGUCCAAGCCCUGCACAACGACCCGGAUCCGGCCGGGAAGGAGCGAGCUUCGGUGUGGCUGGGAGAGCUCCAGAAAUCGAUGUACGCGUGGGAGAUCUCCGAUCAGCUGCUGCAGCUCAAGCAGGAUGUGGAGUCGUGUUACUUUGCUGCUCAGACCAUGAAGAUGAAGAUCCAGACUUCGUUCUAUGAGCUUCCUCCUGAUACCCACAAUGCACUGCGAGACUCGCUGCUGUCUCACAUCCAGAACCUCAAAGACCUGUCGCCCAUCAUUGUGACCCAGCUUGCUUUGGCCAUCGCAGAUCUUGCUCUUCAGAUGGCCUCGUGGAAAGGAUGUGUGCACACGCUCAUAGAAAAGUAUAACGGUGAUGUCAGCUCCAUGCCCUUCCUCAUCGAGAUCCUGACCGUGUUGCCUGAGGAAGUCCACAGCCGCUCGCUGCGCAUCGGAGCCAAUCGGAGGACAGAGAUCAUUGAGGACUUGGCAUAUUACUCUUCCACCGUGGUGGCGCUAUUGGCAUCGUGUGUGGAAAAGACUGGCAGCAAUGAGAAGAUGCUGAUUAAGGUCUUUCGUUGUCUGGGAAGCUGGUUCAACUUGGGGGUCCUGGAUAGUAACUUCAUGGCCAGUAACCAGCUUCUCAUGGUCCUUUUCCAAGUUUUGCAGAGGGACGACACCUCCACCAACCUUCAUGAAGCAGCCUCGGACUGUGUGUGCUCCGCCCUCUACGCCAUCGAAAACGUGGAGACCAACAUGACGUUGGCGCUGCAGCUCUUCCAGGGCGUCCUGACGCUGGAGACGGCCUAUCACAUGGCUGUGGCUCGUGAGGACCUCGACAAAGUUCUGAACUAUUGCAGAAUCUUCACUGAGCUGUGCGAGACCUUUUUAGAGACCACUGUGAGGUGUCCUGGUCAGGGCAUGGGCGACUUAAGGACGCUGGAGCUGCUGCUGAUCUGUGCUGGACACCCCCAGUAUGAGGUGGUUGAAAUCUCCUUUAACUUCUGGUACCGUCUUGGUGAAAAUCUCUACAAGAUCAAUGACGUGGCCCUUCACAGCAUUUUCCGACCGUACAUUCAGAGACUACUGCACUGUUUGGCCCGACAUUGUCAGCUGGACCCAGACCACGAAGGAAUUCCAGAGGAGACGGAUGACUUUGGCGAGUUCAGGAUGAGGGUUUCUGACCUGGUCAAAGAUGUGAUUUUCCUUGUGGGUUCUAUGGAGUGUUUCUCCCAGUUGUAUUCUACUCUCAAAGAAGGGAAUCCUCCUUGGGUGGUGACCGAAGCUGUUCUCUUUAUCAUGGCUGCCAUCGCUAAAAGCGUAGAUCCGGAGAACAACCCCACCCUCUUGGAGGUGUUGCAGCAGGUUGUGUUGCUCCCGGAAGUAGUUCACAUGGCGGUGCGCUACACCAGCAUCGAGCUGGUUGGAGAGAUGAGCGAGGUUGUGGACAGAAACCCCCGAUUCCUUGACCCAGUGCUGAACUACCUGAUGAAAGGUCUACGAGAGAAGCCUCUGGCCUCGGCCGCAGCAAAGGCCAUCCACAACAUCUGCUCGGUAUGCCGGGACCAUAUGUCCCAACACUUCCAGGGAUUGCUGGACAUCGCUCGCUCUCUGGACUCUUUUGCAUUGUCCUCAGAGGCUGCCGUGGGACUGCUCAAAGGUACGGCGCUGGUCCUUGGGCGUCUUCCUCUGGAGAAGAUUGCAGAGUGCCUCGGUGACUUGUGCGCUGUUCAGGUUGCAGCUCUGAAGAAGCUUCUGGCUGAAGAAUCAACCAACGGCCGAUCAGCUGAUCCAACUGUGUGGCUGGACAGGCUGGCCGUCAUUUUCAGGCACACAAACCCCAUCGUGGAGAACGGACAGACUCACCCUUGUCAGAAGGUCAUCCACGAGAUCUGGCCUGUGCUGUCCGAGACUCUGAACAGUCACCAGGCUGAUAACCGAAUCGUGGAGCGAUGCUGUCGCUGCCUCCGCUUUGCCGUACGCUGUGUGGGAAAAGGCUCCGCCUCCUUGCUGCAGCCAUUGGUUACGCAGAUGGUGAGCGUGUACCAAGUGUAUCCGCACUCGUGCUUCCUGUACCUGGGCAGCAUCCUGGUGGACGAGUACGGCAUGGAGGAGGGCUGUCGACAGGGUCUUCUGGACAUGUUGCAGGCUUUGUGCAUGACAACCUUCCAGCUGUUGGAGCAGCCCAAUGGUCUCCGGAACCACCCUGACACUGUUGACGACCUCUUCAGACUAGCGACCAGGUUCGUCCAACGGAGUCCUGUCACGCUGCUCAGCAGCAGCAUCGUGGUUCACAUCAUCCAGUGUGCCAUUGCCGCCACCUCGCUGGACCACAGAGACGCUAACUGCAGCGUGAUGAAGUUUGUGCGAGACCUCAUCCACACCGGCGUGGCCAACGACCACAUGGAGGACUUUGAGUUGAGGAAGCAGCUGAUCGGUCAAGCCAUGGAGCAGCACGGCCAGCAACUUGUCACCCAGCUCAUGCACUCGUGUUGCUUCUGCCUGCCGCCCUACACGCUACCCGACAUUGCAGAGGUGCUCUGGGAGGUCAUGGUUUUUGACCGGCCGACGUUCUGUCGCUGGUUAGAAAGUGCCCUGAAAGGCUUACCCAAGGAGACGUCAGGAGGAACAGUUACAGUCACGCACAAGCAGCUGACAGAUUUCCAUAAACAGGUCACCAGUGCUGAUGAAUGUAAACAAGUGUGUUGGGCCAUCAGAGAGUUCACCAGACUGUUCCGCUAAACGCAUAUCAAGUCUUUGGGAAUUCACACGUGACAGCAGAAGCAGGAAGUGCUGGAAGGACUCUGACAAGACUUUGAAUGGACGCUACAAGGUGGACAGAUGUCAAGGACUUAUUUAACAGAUGCACCUGCAGCAGGUGGGAGGUGGGAAGGGCAGGCCGAGGAGGCUUCAAAAGUGAACAAGUGGGUGAGAAACGGAAUGUGCCUGGUCAACUGUUUUUAAGAGAAACUUUAUUUUUGGACUCGGUGGUUUGGACGAUGCUGUACAAAGAGCCAAAUGGUAUCCUGUGGAGGACAUGUCACUUUUAACCUUUGAAAGUUGACUUUCAUGGGACGUGACAGAGUGAACUCUGACAUGACGUCAUCACGGAUAUUGCCUUGUUGUAGACAAUAAACAACAAAUGUCAUAUCAAACCUCACGAUCCUAAAUGUUUGACACCACUUGCUCUUAUUUGUCACGGUGCACAUGAUGGUAAGAUGAUUCCAUGUGGAAAGGCAGCUUCAAGCAUUUGCUGACCUGUAUUUGAUUUUCAGCAGUUCAAAUCAGCAAAAGCGUUUCUACCUCCAAGCCUCACCUCGUCCGCCAAGUUCCGACGGCGGUGGAUGACAAAUGGACACCUAUCAUCCAUAGUCAAGCAGGUGCAGUGUUGCACAGACAUCACGCCGCUGAAGGAACUCUUAUGACGCGUUUCUGCUGCAAAGUGGGAGAGUUCCCACCAUUGGAUGCUGUCAUGCUAAACUGUUAGCAUUGUCACUUUGACAUGGAUUUCUUUGAACUAGCUUAGUGUGAUAUCUCCUGCAGUCUUGGAUGAAAGUAUUCAAGUCCAGGGAGGAGCAUCACAUCACCAAAUGAGCUUUGCAGUAAUGUUUCUCUGCAGGGACGCUGAAGUACUCAAAUUGCUUUUACUUUGACGUCUUUUCUUCCUUUGAGUGGACUUGCUGUGUGUGUGCCUUCUUUGAUGGCUGACCUCCUCACCAGAGCAGGAGGAAGAACAGGAGUCCAGUGCUGACCAGACCCCCCCAGAAGAGGAGAAGAAGAUAUAGGACAUAGAAAAGGUGCUUUGGUUUCUUUUGGAAGCCGCCAUAAAAUGUAUUUAAGCCUGAUUAUUUCAUGUGUAAUGAAUAGAAAUAUUUUGACUAUGAGAAUAUUUCCUUUCUUUGUCAUAAUUCCUGCACACUACUGCAUUGCAUCGUCUAACAGUGUAGCCCAUAACCUCCCCAUCAGGUGUAAGUAUAGCACCCUCCCCUAUUUGAACACUUCUAUUAUACUAGCACUGUGUUUGGAAACUAGCAAUGUUUCAGCACCAAGAGAGAAAAUGACAUGAUGAUCCACAAAAGGAGCAUCCUGUCCUAGGACAUUACCUCUCUGUGGCCCCUUGCUGUUCUUCCCGGGGAGGGGGCUCUCUGGGCUGGUUCUUGGGGG